AUAUGUUACUAUAUAUAAUAUUAUAACACGUCCCCUCUGAGAAAGUAAGUCUUUGAGGUUUUUAACUGUCGAUAGAAGAAGGUUGACACAAUUUCUCGUAUAUCAGGUAACAUAACACAAACUAGAUCUUGCUAAUGGUUAUUUCUGGAUCAUAUUUGUAUUUUCUGCUUGUGCAAUAAAAGUCUUAUUUGUUAGUUUAGUUUGAGAAGUAUGCGAGGAAAUUCAAGUACUGCAUUGAUGAGACAUGGGUUUGAGACCUUAGAAUCAUGCAGACUGAAAAAAUCCCAUGUGAGUUAAAUUAUUAAGAGGUGGAUAUUUAGGUGCAUUCUCCAAGUACAGGAAAAAUGCAAGUAUGUUGUUGUAGUGGGUUGUCAUGGCCAGUUAUUCAGUGGAAACACAGGUUCCAUGUUUUGAGUUAUUGCAAGCAACUGUUGUGUUCUGCUUUCUGAUGUUUAUAGGCUGCAUUGUUCAUGAAAUAAUAAUCUUGGUUGUAAAAUAUCAUUGUUGUAAUGUGCUAUUAAUGGAUUAUACCAUAAGACCAUUUGAUACCUUGGGUAGACAGGAGUUUCCUUAAUAAACUUUAAGAGAUUGAUAUUUUUUAAUUUUUGGCAUUAUAAAAAUCAGGCAGAGGCAGCUGUGCAUAACUUAUGAAAUAUUGCUGUUAGAAGUCAAAACUCUGCCACUUGAGAGGUGCUGACCCUCAAAAGCUUGUUUUCCACAAAGAGGAGGCAACAGAAAUGGGUGGGUACUUCAUUUGCGAUGGAAUGGAGCGACUUGCACGACUUUUAAUUAUUCAAAAGCGUAACUAUCCAAUAAGCAUGGUGCGCAAAUCAUUUAAAAACCGUGGACCUGGCUACAGUGACAAAGCAGUGGUUAUAAGAUGUGCUCGAGACGACCAAACUUCUGUCACUCUCAAGUUAUACUACCUUGAAAAUGGAAGUGCAAGGCUUGGAUUCUGGAUAAGAGGAAGAGAGUUUCUGCUUCCAGUUGGUAUUAUUUUGAAGGCUCUUAUUGACACAAGUGAUCACGAAAUCUUUGUGAGCUUGGCAUGUUAUUAUAAUGAGAGAUACCAAAGAGAAAAAGGUGCUGUUGGUACUCAACUUAUUGGUGAAAGGGCUCAAAUUCUUCUUGAUGAAGUCAGAGAUUUGUCGCUUUUUACUCGCCAUCAAUGCUUGAAGCAUAUUGGAGAGUACUUCAGACCUGUCAUGGAUGGAUUUGAAACUGAGAGUUAUACAAAUGUUGCAGAAGCUGUUCUUGAAGACUAUAUCUUUAUUCAUCUUGGGAGCAAUCAUGACAAGUUCAAUUUGCUAAUUUUUAUGCUGCAGAAACUUUAUGCACUUGUAGAUCAAACUGCUGCCCCUGAUAAUCCUGAUACACUUCAAAAUCAGGAAGUUCUGUUGCCUGGACACUUGAUAGCCAUUUAUCUUAAGGAAAAACUUCAAGUGUGGCUGACGAAGGCAAGACAACAGCUUUUUGAUGAGCUAGCAAAGCAGGAAAGGACCUUUGACAUAAAAAGUGUAACACAGGUGAAGAAGAUUGUAGGCAAGAAUUCUACAAAUUUUGGGAGAGUCAUUGAGAGCAUGAUAAAAGUUGGAAGAUUGAACACACAAUCAGGUCUAGACUUGCCUCAGAGAGAUGGGAUGACCAUUCAAGCAGAGAGGCUCAAUUUCUUACGUUAUCUAUCGCAUUUUCGUUCUGUACAUAGAGGUGCUGCUUUUGCAAAGAUGCGGACGACAAGUGUACGAAAAUUGCUGCCAGAAUCUUGGGGCUUCCUUUGCCCUGUCAAUACGCCUGAUGGGGAGCCUUGUGGCUUGCUGAACCAUAUGACUUGUUCCUGCCGUAUUUCAUCUUCCUAUGAUUCGGAAGGAAAAACUAAAGACACUCUCAAGAUAAGAAUGUCAAUACUCUCUGUCUUAGUUGCGAUUGGAAUGACCCCAUUGCUUCCGAAGCUUGAGAGUGCUGGCCCUCCUGAAAUUCUUCAUGUUCUCUUGGAUGGAUGUGUUGUAGGCUCUAUAGCUUCUCUUCAAAUAGAGGAAGCAGUUGCACAUAUCCGGAGCCUGAAGCUUUCUUCCUUAUCAGGGGUUCCUGAAGAUUUAGAGGUCGGAUAUAUACCUUUAAGUUUUGGUGGGGCAUAUCCUGGAUUGUACCUAUUUACUAAUCCUUCCAGAUUUAUUCGACCUGUCAGAAAUCUUGCCCAUGUCAAUGAUGGAGGCAAUGAUAUCGAACUUAUUGGGCCGUUUGAGCAGGUAUUUAUGGAAAUAAGAUGCCCUGAUGGUGGAGAUGGUGGAAGAAGAGAUUUCUUUCCUGCGACACAUGAAGAAAUACACCCAACUGGAAUACUUAGUGUAGUUGCCAAUCUCACUCCCUGGUCUGAUCACAAUCAGAGCCCACGAAACAUGUAUCAGUGCCAGAUGGCCAAACAAACAAUGGGGUUUUCUGGCCAAGCCUUGCAACAUCGUGCAGAUUUGAAGACAUAUCAUCUCCAGACUCCUCAAUCUCCAAUCGUCCGGACUGCUUCAUAUACUAAAUACUGCAUGGAUGAGUUCCCAACAGGCACAAAUGCAAUUGUCGCAGUUUUAUCUUACACAGGUUAUGACAUGGAAGAUGCCAUGAUUUUGAACAAGAUGUCUGUGGAGCGUGGGUUUGGUCGUGGGCAUAUUUACCAGACAGAGUCAAUUGACUUAAAAAAGAAGCAUGAGUCUGACCGGGUCCAAGAAAUAUUUGCUAGGAGCAACACUGAUAGAAACAUGAUGUCUUCAAUUGACUCAGAUGGUCUACCUUAUGUUGGACAGAUAGUGCAUCCACAUGAGCCAAUAUAUAGCACAUACAAUACCUUAACAAGCACAACGAAACCAACUUAUUCAAAAGGUUCAGAAGAUGCCAUCAUUGACUAUGUCUCUGUUGAUGGUACUGGCUCAAAGAACUACCUGCAAAAGGUUAAUAUUCGCACUCGACGCACCAGAGAUCCUAUUAUUGGUGAUAAGUUUAGCAGCCGGCAUGGGCAGAAGGGUGUUUGCUCUCAGCUAUGGCCUUCUGAAGACAUGCCAUUUUCUGAAGUUACUGGGAUGCAACCAGAUUUAAUAAUUAAUUCUCAUGCGUUUCCUUCGAGAAUGACUAUUGCAAUGCUUUUGGAGUCGAUUGCAGCUAAGGGAGGAAGCCUGCAUGGAAAAUUUGUUGAUGCAACUCCUUUCACCAGGUCAAAUUGCAGCAAAGAAGAUGAAGAAGAGGUCCCAGUGGUUGAUGAACUAGGUCAAAUGCUGAUUGCUUAUGGUUUCAACUAUUAUGGAGAAGAGGCACUGUACAGUGGAGUUUAUGGAACAAGGUUGCCUUUUAAGAUUUUUAUUGGACCUGUUUAUUACCAGCGGCUCCGCCACAUGGUUUCUGACAAAUUUCAGGUGCGCUCUACGGGAACUGUUGAUCAGAUCACCAGGCAACCCAUUGGAGGAAGGAAACGAGGUGGUGGUAUUAGGUUUGGAGAAAUGGAACGUGAUGCAGUUCUUGCCCAUGGAGCUGCCUACCUUUUACAUGACAGACUCCACACCAGCUCUGACUACCACAUAGCUCAUGUAUGCUCCGACUGUGGCAGUCUUCUCGCGGCCACUACUAAACAACCCCAGAAGAAAAGUCUCCCACCUGCCGGAACUCCCAAGAGCUAUAUAUGCCAAGCUUGCAAAACAGGCAAAGAAAUGGAAACUGUGGCGAUGCCUUACGUGUCCAUAUAUUUGGGUUCGGUAUGUGGAGCAGUGAACGUAAAAAUGACGGUUCAGUUAAGAAGCCAAGCAAGCUAAUGCCACAUUCUCAAACUCUAGGCAAAGUGCUCGUUCGACUUUCCAGCAUGCAACCCAAGCAUCGAAGCACAAGAGGCAAAGAUUUGGGGUUUGGUGCACUCUGUAGAGAUCCAAUCUGUGAAUCACAUGGAUGAGAGUUUUGUUGUUUCUCCAGGUUUAGAUGUUCUUGUGGUAGUUUAUAGUUGAGAAUUUUUGUUUUCCUAUGUAAUGGUAAAAACAAAUUUUUCUCUGAUAAAUUAGGAAAUUUAUAACAUUACUUGAAGUUUAUGGUUGUUCUAUGUAUUAAUGUUGUCAUUGUAAUAAAAAUGCCAUUUUACUCCA